AUGUUUCUAUACGUUGGCAUUGACAGGCGUGGAACUUCCAGACCGACAUUGGCACGUAUUCACGAGCUGCAGAAACAGAACUCUGCUCUUGGUGCUUUCAUUGCCAAACUCAAAUCCGUGCCAUCCGCCAAACGCGAGAGACUGUUGACAUCGGUGUCAAUCUGUGAUGGACAUGUCCAGUUACCAGACGAGGGUAACGAUGACGGCAACGCCGAACCACAAUUUUCACAUCAACCACAACUUGCUAUUCUGACGACGGGAAAUCAAGAAUCUGUGCCUAAUAUGACACAAACUCUCCGGCGUCGCAGUAGCCUGGGGAGCCUGGAAGAUUCAUCCGACGAGGAAUUCGAUAUCGGGCCAUUCCUUUCUGUUGAUGAGGCGGGAAAACCCAGCAGUUUCGGACCAUCCUCUGCCCUUCAUUACCACCCGAGAACCGGCAGCAUUUCUGUGCAAUCAGCUGCUUCUCUUGCAAGAGAUCAUAUCAGAAAUUGCUUAAUCGCUGAAGCUGCCCUACAACGACAGAACGAGCGCCAUUUGGCCUCUCUGCCCGACGUCCACGGAGUACCUACAGAGCUGGCCAUGCACUUACUUGAAUUACAUUGGAGUCGUCAACAUCACACACUGUUACUGACCUACCGACCGGCGAUCGUAAGAGAUCUAUUGCGGAACGGGCCUCAUUGUUCCAGGUUCCUGCUUCAUGCCAUAUUUGCUUGCACAAGCAAGUUUUCUGCCAGAGUGGAGGUCCGGGACGAUCCUUCAGAUCCUUCAACAGCAGGUCGACGUUUUUUCCGGCGCUGUGACGAACUGCUUGCAGAAGAUUCCCUACUCAUAUACCCGAAACUUCCAACUGUGGUCGGACUGUUGUUGUUAGGAUCGAGCUACAAUGCCAAGGGCGAGACCUCGAAAGGGUGGUUGUACACAGGCUACGCCUUGCGUAUGAUCUAUGACCUCGGUCUACAUCUCGAUCCGAAAGAAACCAGCGACUCUCCAGAGCAAGUGGAAAUUCGUAGGAGAAUAUUUUGGGGAGCCUUUGUAUCUGACAAACUGCAAAGUCUCUAUCUUGGGCGCCCAGCGGCCAUCAAUCUCCGCGAUUCGCAUGUGUCGCGAGAUUUCAUGGACACUCUUGAAGAACAGGAACUUUACGUACCCUACAAGGAUCCCAAAUACCCAAGUCCUCAGAGUACUUCAACCUUCACUGGCCUUCCCAUUUACUCGGUCUCAACGUUUCAACAGCUGUGCCUGUUAUCGAAGAUCAUGACAAAGAUCAUCAACACGUUCUACGUCGUUGGAGCAACACCUCGCAACGCCCAGGCCAGUCUGCAGCUUGUUGAUAACGCCCUGCAGGCAUGGAGGGAGAACCUGCCAACAAACCUAGAUUUCCAACCGCGACUCCUGCAAUCCAAUCCGAUAUCAUAUCCUCCUCCAAACCUGAUGAAUGUGCACGCACUUUACCAUUCUCUGCUGAUCCUUCUCCAUCGGCCGUUCAUAUCGGACGGGCAUUUGCGUUCGACCGCUACUCCCUCGCUCUCUUGGGGUCGCUGCACAUCUGCAGCACGAAGCAUUACGAGCAUUGCAUUGGCAUGGAAGACUGCAUACAGUCUCAGAGGCGCGCCGUACUUGUUGAGCUAUGCAAUAUACGUUGCUUGCACGAUCCACGUUAGGAACGCAGCAGCCGAUGCGACCAAUGGCAGCAAUAGAGAGCAUACAUCCCUUCUUGCAGCAAGUUUGACCUGCUUGGAACAAUUGUGUCUCGCCAAUCCUGGCGUUUCUAAGCCCAUGAGGAUCAUACAGAGAUUGAUGGAGGCCAGCAAGAUUGUAUUACAGCCAGAGGAAACUAUAUAUCCCAGCUACUCGCCGUCAUCAUUCGACUUUGACACCAUCUUCAGCAUGUUUCCUACAAGAAAUAUGACAAGCUCAAAUGUGCAGUACUCCGGUGAAGUAGUCUUCGACUCUGACAUCCCCGAUGAUCCUCUUUUCGGCCUCAUGGACGAGCCCAUGCUUCCUUACACCGAUAUGUCAGACACCUUCUUCAGCGGCACCAGAUCGUUUUGA